AUGCGAAUGCUGAAUCGAUGAACAUCGUCAGCAGUCCCUUGCGGAGCAGCACGUACGACACACGAAGCUUAGACAACCCGCGAAAGGACAACAGUUUUCGCACCGGCAGUUAAACCAUCUGACGCCAUCAGUCCAGUCUGUUCAAGCCAGAAUCGAAGCUUAUCAAUAAAAAUUCCAGCCACCUUCCAGCACCAACACAACGACGGACCGACCACAUACUCCCGGCAACAAUACCCAACGUAUCGUUUCCAGGGUUCGGCACGAUCGAUCCCACGGCUUUCUUGCACGCCGCUUAUUCAACGUUCACACCUCGCGGCGGACGGGUGGUUUCGUGCUCGUGUUACGACGGUCGGUCUUCCUGCUAGUGUGUGUUCUCCGCGGUGCCGGAACUUUCCCGUGCAUCCCCGUGGCACGUGUGAUUUGGACGCGGUGACCAUAGUUCAACCACACUCGCAAACCUCGGUCUACCUCGGAAAGGAGAAGGAGAAAGGUCUGCGACGCAACUGAACCUCGCCUACCCCAGGUGUGCUUACCUUGCAAGUGCUUCAUUUGCAUCGUCAACUCGAUUCAGCUAAAAAUGGUCACCACUUCCGGCGUUCUUGGCGGUACCAGUGCCGUGCUGGUGUCGCUGUUUAUACUGCGGAAAGUGUUUCCCUGGAUUUAUCAGAACCUCAUUGGCCCGAAGGUGUUCGGAUGUCGCAUCAAUCUUAAAAAGGUCGGCGAAUGGGCACUAAUCACCGGAGCCACCGAUGGCAUAGGCAAGGCGUACGCACAGGCGCUCGCAAAAAGAGGCCUCAAUGUAAUCCUGGUUAGUCGAACACUUUCAAAGCUGCAGGAUGUUGCAAAAGAAAUUGAAACGGAAUAUAAAGUGCGUACGAUGGUGAUCGAUGCCGAUUUUACCGGUGGCGAAGAGAUCUACACAAAAAUCCGAGGCCAGAUUGAGAACUUGGAGAUCGGGGUAAUCGUGAACAACGUCGGCAUGAGCUACGCCAACCCAGAAUACCUUCUCGAGCUGCCGGAUAACGAGAAGUUGAUCAAGAAUCUUCUCAGUUGCAACAUACUGUCCGUAACGCGUAUGUGCCAGAUCGUGAUGCCCGGCAUGGUGAAGCGCCACGCUGGGGUGGUUAUUAACAUUUCCUCACUUUCGGCGGUCAUACCGGCACCCAUGCUGACCGUUUAUUCGGCUUCGAAAGCGUACAUGGACAAGUUUUCGGAAGAUCUCGCGUCCGAGUACGCCAAACAUAACAUUGUCGUGCAAUCUGUAUUGCCCGGACCCGUCGCUACCAAUAUGUCAAAGAUUAGGAAAAGUACCUGGCUGGCAUGUUCGCCGAAGGUAUUCGUGGCAAACGCCAUCAAUACCCUGGGUCACACUCGUCAAACGACGGGCUACUUCCCGCACGCCCUGCUCGAGCUAGCCAUUAACUCCGUGCGCUUCGUUUCUCCGCGUCUGAUGGAGAAGUUAACACUCAACACGAUGCAAAACAUUCGCGCAAGAGCCAUGAAGAGAUCUACGCCGGCUUCGACUGCUACCGUGGGUGAAGGUUCCAAAUUGACCACAUCGUCAGCCUCUUCGUAAAGCUUAAAAUGGCACAUGUGUUUGAGCAUGUAAAAUGGCGGAUAGUAGCAGUUUUUUCAGUACCAGAAGAACGAAACAAAAUUCUAUAAGUAAUGUUACGACUUCUUUUGAAUAGUAGUGUUUAAAAACAGUGAUUCCUGCUGGGCAUUUAGUUUCACUACUGAAGAUAAAUGGUGAACGGUCGAUUGCAAGAGAUAUUAGGAAAAGAGCAUAGGCAAAACACGCAUUUGUUUAGUGCCUCCUAGUCUGAGAAGAGGUAGAAGUUAAGUUUGGACUGCGGUAGGAAUUCAUAAUUUAUUUUCGCCUCUUUACAAUUUCUAUGUACAACAGCAUAAAUAACAGGAAAGGUAAUGAAGAAAAUAAAUCCUUGUUCCUAAAUUGUAAAAAAAAUAAACAAUAAAAUAAAUGUUCGUUUCCUAUC